GAAGCAUCUGAACAAGCAGAAGGCAAGGAGGAACACUUUUGUUGAAAAUAUAUUGCACUCUUCAGGAUGGACUUCUGUCCUGCUGAGUCAACUGACUUGAGUGAGGCUGAAGAGGCUGAAAUAGAGACAAUCAGGCAGCACAGACAGGAACUUUUGGAGGACAUUAAGAAGCUGAAGGAAGAGAUUGCUGAAGUGUUUGCAGAGAUUGAGUGCUUCCAAAAUGCAGAGGAGAGGCAAGAGGCAGACAAUAAUUCUGGGGAGCAGACCAGCAAACUAUCACAGAGGGAUAAACUUCUCUCCCUGGGCCGGAAGAAAUUCAACAUGGACCCUGCAAAGGGGAUCCAGUACCUGAUUGAGCACCAGGUAUUGUCCUCAGACCUGCAGGAGAUCGCCAAAUUCCUCCACAAGGGUGAAGGCCUGAACAAGACAGCCAUUGGGGACUACCUGGGUGGGAGGGACCCCAUAAACAUUCAGAUCCUUCAAGCCUUUGUGGAAUGUCACCAGUUUGCCAACCUCAACCUGGUACAGGCACUGAGACAGUUCCUGUGGAGCUUCCGGCUGCCUGGGGAAGCACAGAAGAUUGAUCGGAUGAUGGAGGCCUUUGCCAACUGGUACUGCAAGUGUAACCCAGGAGUAUUCCAGUCCACAGACACCUGUUAUAUACUCUCCUUCUCUAUCAUCAUGCUUAACACCAGCCUGCACAAUCCCAACGUGAAAGACAAACCUCACUUUGAAAGGUUUGUAUCCAUCAAUAAAGGCAUUGACAAUGGAGGGGACCUGCCAGAAGAGCUCUUAAAGNNUUUGUUUGAGAGCAUCAAGAACGAGCCAUUCUCCAUACCAGAGGAUGACGGCAACGAUCUCACACAUACUUUCUUCAACCCUAACCGUGAGGGCUGGCUCUUGAAACUAGGAGGACGUGUGAAAACCUGGAAACGUCGUUGGUUCAUUCUGACCGAUAACUGCCUCUACUACUUUGAAUAUACCACGGACAAAGAGCCUCUGGGCAUUAUCCCCCUGGAGAACCUAUCAGUCCGGAAGGUGGACGAUCCCAAAAAGCCAAACUGCUUUGAGCUCUUCAAUCCCAACUGCAAAGGGCAGAAGAUCAAAGCCUGCAAAACAGAUGGGGAUGGGAAGGUGGUUGAAGGCAAGCAUCAGUCCUACAAGAUCUCAGCAGCCACACCAGCAGAACGUGAUGAGUGGAUUGAGGCAAUACGGACCAGCAUCACACAGGAUCCUUUCUAUGAUCUAGUCUCUGCCCGUAAGAAAAAGAUUGCCAGCAAAAACUGAGCCCUGACCUGGUCACUGGCAGCAGGAAGAUGUAGUUGUUGGACAGCUUCCCUCCCAUGCUGGGCUCUUCCAGUGAAGAAAUUUGGGAGUAUUGGUUCCCUCUGCCUCCCACUUGGCAGGAAGAUGACUGACAGGACAGCUUGCCAGAUUAGCUUCUUCCCUUUCCAAACUGAAGGCAGAGGCGCAGGGUGCAAUCCACUGAGGACUGUCAGAACCGUGGGCAUGGCGUUUCCCAUGUCUGAACGUAAAGGCUCAACAGCAACUGGCCUUUGGGUUCUCCCACAUAGGCCCAGGCAUGUAGGACAGGAUCUGACGGCAGACAAGAAUGUCUCCAGAAUGUCUCCAGCCCCUCCUGCCAUCAAACCAGGCCUGGGUGUUUUUCU